UGAGAGGGACAGGGUCACAAACUCACAAAAGAAAUUAUUAAGCAGAGGGGCUCUUCUACUUAUAAUGAUCCACUAAAUGAUAAAAAGUCAAGUAGAAUCUUCACUAUUAUAGGAUUGGUAUUUUUGAAAUUUCUCUUCAAAACGAGGGACUCGAUCUUUUACUCACCAUUAUCUUUAAUAAUUAACCUAAACGUCCUCCUGCCUGCAAAUUAAAGGAAUCUGCUCACUGAGAAAGAGAGUAUAAUGGCGGUUCUUGCUGAUCACUUCGACGUCAUCAUCAUCGGCGCAGGGAUCAUGGGAAGCUGCACUGCCUACGAAGCAGCAAAGUGUGGCCUCAGCGUGCUUCUCUUGGAGCAGUUCGACUUCCUCCACCAUCUCGGCUCCUCCCAUGGAGAGUCACGUACAAUCCGUUACGCUUACCCUGAACCCUACUAUGUUCCUAUGGUAGCCAAAUCUUUCCAGCUUUGGGAGGAAGCUGAGUCCGAAAUUGGUUAUCGGGUCAUUACAAAAACCCCACAUUUGGAUCUAGGACCAGCUGAUAGCAAGACCCUACAGUCUGUCAUCUCUAGUUGUAACUCUCAUUCCAUCGAUGCGCAGGUCUUGAACCAGUCUCAGGUUUCUGAGAAGUUCGGUUGCUCAUUUGAACUCCCCGAUGGAUGGAUAGGGUUGGCUAGUGAAGGUGGAGUAAUUAAGCCAACAAAGGCAGUAGCCAUGUUCCAAGCACUAGCCAUCAAGAGAGGUGUUGUUCUUAGAGAUCACGAAGAAGUGGUUGAUAUCAAGAAAUUAGCUGGUGAUGGCAAUGGAGUGAUGGUCUCAACCGUCAAUGGCCGUAAGUUCUUGGGCAAGAAGUGUGUGGUUACUGCAGGAGCUUGGACGCAAAUUUUAGUGAAAACAGUGACCGGACUGGAUUUACCAAUGCAACCCCUUCACACUGUCAUUUGCUACUGGAAAAUCAGAGAAAGUUACGAGAAGACCCUAGUUUCAGGCAGUGGUUUUCCAUCUUUAGCCAGCUACGGUGACCCCCUUAUCUAUGGCACACCAUCGGUAGAAUUUCCUGGGCUGAUCAAGCUUGCAAUGCACGGGGGUCACCCGUGCGACCCAAAUAAGAGAACCUGGGGCUUGGGGUCAGACUCAAGCGCUGGUUCGCUGGUGGACCCUGUUGGGAAGUGGAUUGAAAAGGUGAUGCCUGGCUGUGUUGAGUUUGAUAAGCCUGUCAUUACACAAGGAUGUUUGUAUUCGAUGACUCCUGAUGGGGAUUUUGUGUUGGAUUUUGUCGGAGGGGAGUUUGGGAGGGAUGUGGUUGUGGCCGGAGGCUUUUCUGGGCAUGGAUUCAAGAUGGGGCCGGUAGUUGGAAAGAUUUUAGUAGAGAUGGCUAUUAAGGGGGGUGCGGCCGCAGCAGGGUCAGCAGUUGGAGUGGAGAUGAAGUGGUUUGCAAUUUCGAGGUUUGAGCAUGAUUGUAGGGGGAAUGCUAAGGAGUAUGAGGAUUAAGUUUCUUUACAUGAUAAUGAAAUAACUCAUAAAGAGUUCUCCCCCUGCCCAUUUCCUCUCUAAAUCUGCUUCUCUAUGUGUAGGUGAGAUGAGUACGUACUAUGAAUAUAUAAGUCAUCUUCCUCUGCCAGCGUGCUUGAUGUUGCCUUCGCUUGAUUUCAGUGAAGAGAAUGGGCGUGUUGUGCCUUUCAAUUAGAGCUGUGCCAAGUGUUGGCUUCUGUUUCUCAUGUCAUUUGGUGGAAGCUUAUUUUCUUUCCUGCCAAGCAAAAUCCUACUCGGUUGACAAUUUAGCUGAUCAAUGGAUUCCCUCACUAAUGCUUGUGUUUGCGUUAUAAUUGAUCGUUGUUAUUUCACAGUUUCACUUCUUCAUUAUAGUGAUUUUACUGCAAGUUUGCCUGUUGCGUCGUCUUUUCAGCCAUGGUUGUGAAGCAUAAUAUUGGUUUUAUAGUUGCAUAUUUACAUGUUGAUCGAUCACAUUAAGCUGAGCUACCGAGCUUUGGCACUGAGAGGUUGGCGACACAGGCACCAGUUCGAAGUUAUUUAUGCUUCUUGAUGUUUGAAACUGUUUAUUGCUUGAAAUUAUCGAUAUCUGGUAAUGGUAGUUAUUUGAUCUAGUCCCCAUAAAUAUUAGAGGAAUAUAUUCCUUUUGAUUUUUUUUUUCAGUUUUAGAAGGCGCUGUAGUUUGAGUACAAAUUCUUACAACAAACUUAUUAUUCUUGACUCACCCUUAUAAAAAGCAAACGCACUGGUAAUGGUCUAUGAAUUAAGUAGUUUUUUAUCAUGUUCUUAUACUUACAAAAGCCAACUUUUAGGGCUUUUAUUUGUGUGUUCUUUCAGGAUGUGCAUAGUUAUUUUAGUAAUUCUUUGCAGCUCUCUUGAAGAGUUUUCAUAGCAAACUUCGAAAGCCAUUAGAAACCAUGUCUUUGGAUUUUUGAUAAAAUAGGUAGAGACUUUGACAUGAUACCAGAGAAACCCAAGUUUGAAUCCGACUGGUCACGAACUUAAAGCGGAUUUUCUAAAAUUGACAUCACUGCGUGAGUCCGGGUUUCUGUCUGUAAAAAUGACGCUCAACCUGCAUGAGCAAUGUUAGAAUAUAAAACUAUAACCCUUAACCCAUACCAUAACUUCAGAGUUUUGAUGUAAUUGUUAGAGACUUUAACAGUUAGAAUUAUGGAAGUGAUUGUAACUAUUCUGUAAACACCUUUGACGUAGUGGACAUCACUCCUUUGAUGAAUUCAAGGCUCAGUGCAUACCCACAUUGUACUCUGAUAUGUUGUGUUUUUCUUCAUUAGCAGCUUCAUCUUCCAUUUUUCUUGGUGCUUUUGCCUGAUUUUAUUGAAGGAUCAAUCUUAGGAUAACAUAGUGAAGGCUUAUUCAUUUUUGUAAUAUUAGUGAAAGGCUUAUUCAUUUUGAAGGCAUUAUUAUCUCACAAAUUUACUUUCUCCUAAUUUUCUGACAGCUAUAAGGCUAGUGAAUGUCAGAUUUGUACCACAAUUUCUUCUUGGAUCAUCAGGUCAGGGAGGAACAAGGAUGGAGUACACUCCGAGCCAUAGAGCAUAUAAAAGAAAGUUUGGAUGUACAUCCAAGCCAAUACUCCAAAGUCCAAAAGCAUGGCCGUGAAGCGUCAAAGUUCACAUCUCAAAACAGUUUUCCCAACUCAUACCGAGUUUAACGGCAAAAUAUAUACACAUUAAAAGUUCAGUCGUUUAUUCAGUUGUUUAAAUAAUAUUUUCUUGU